AUGGAAGACACUGGAAUUGGGCAUCACUGUUCUUAUGAAAACUGUUAUAUCAAAGAUUUCUUUGCUUUUUAAUGCCCAUCAUGUGAGUUAUAUUAUUGUGCUGAUCAUCGUCAUGUAACUUGCGAGAAAACUCCAUAAAAUGUAGAGAGAUCUAAAAUUUAGAGUUCAAGUACAGUUUGUUCAUUUUACAGUGAUCCACAUGAUAAAUCUUCAAUUUGCCCGAAAGUGGGUGUAGCCAAAUGCUACUACUGUGAAAUGCUAUUUUGUUUGGAUCAUAGAUUUGAAGAUCUACAUGAUUGCAUGGGACUGAAAUAAAUAGAAGCAUAAAAGCAAGUCAAAGAAGAAUAGAAGCAGUCAAUACUAGAUAAAAUUAGAGAGAAAAAAGAAAACAAUUUCAACUCUAUCAAAAAGCUUGAGUCCUCACAAAUGAGUGACAAGUAGAAAAAAUUGAAUAAAACCGUAUUGAGAAUGAAGACUAAAUCUAGUGCCAAAGGUGAUCAAAAGAUACCCAAGGAUCGAAGAUUCGCAUUAUUGAUUGAGAUUAGCUAGCAUAUAUAAAAUGAAGUAUAAGGGAAUAAAAGCUUUUACUAAACUCCGUUGUUUUUUGACAAGUCAAUGAGUUUAGGCUAAGUAAUCGAUGCCUAUUGUAAGUUAACUAGCGUCAAAUAAGUAACAGAUUAUGAAAAUGUCUAAGAGACUUAGCUUCAUUUCGCUUUUGAGACUGAGGCUGGAAAUUUUGAUAAACUAAAUAUGGAAAUUAAAUUGGAGAAUCUUAAAGAAGCAAUAAAUGGAUUUGAAUAGGGAGAUACGAUUUAUCUAUUUAGAGGUUUUGAAUUUAAUUCGUGA